AUGAAGAAAGACACUUCGCUGCCACCCCCAUCUGGGCCCUUGGCCUCAAACAGUGCCCUGGGUGCAGUCCAGCAGGCCAGCACGUCCGGACUCCCGAGCAAGAGAGGGACUGGGUGCCACGCCUCCUCCAAAACCCACCGGAAGCCCAACAUAUCCAAAGUGAUCCUGGGGGUCAUGGCGAGCAAGGGGGCGCGCAAGCGCGUGUCCCUGGCUACCCUGAGGAAGGCCGUCGCCACCAGCGGCUACAACAUGACCCGCAGCGCCUGGCGCUUCAAGCGAGCACUCAAGAGGCUGGUGGACAAGGGCAUACUCAAGCAGGUGACAGGCAAGGGGGCCACAGGCUCCGUCUUCAUGGCCAGCAAGCAUGCCUCCAAGUUCAAGCCCGAGGCAAAGAGACGGCAACGGCAGCGGCAGUGGCAGUCGGGGCAGCGCCGGCCUGGGCAGCGCCGGUUGCCCAUGGGCUCCAAGCAGGGGCACAAGAAGCUCGCCAAGGGGGUUCGCAGGGCGGCCAAAUGCUGCCACAGUUAACCAGGAAGGCUGGGCAAGCAGGGAGGGC